AUGUCUGUCUUGUCUCAAACUGCAAAGCUCAUCAAAUCUAGCGUCCCUGGUGUCGCUGUCUUGGCACCUGUCACCGCUGCCGAAGCUGAAAUCCUCUCUCCUCAAGCUUUACAAUUUGUUGCAACUCUUCAACGUAUUUUCAACCCUACUCGCAAGACAUUGUUGCAAAAGCGUGUGCUCCGUCAACAAGCUCUUGAUCGUGGUGUCCUCCCCGAUUUCUUGCCCGAGACCGCUUUCAUUCGUAAUGACCCCAACUGGCGUGCUGCUCCUCCCGCUCCUGGUCUCCAAGAUCGUCGUGUUGAAAUCACUGGUCCCGUUGACCGCAAGAUGGUUAUCAAUGCCUUGAACUCUGGAGCCAAGACCUUCAUGGCUGAUUUCGAAGAUUCCACCGCCCCUACUUGGGAGAAUGUCAUCUCUGGUCAAGUCAACAUGCGCGAUGCUGUUCGUGAGACCAUUGACUUCACCAACCCCAAUGGCAAGAAGUAUGCACUUCGCAAGGAUGGUCAACUCGCUACUCUUCUCGUCAGACCUAGAGGUUGGCACAUGCUUGAGAAGCACGUCCUCAUUGACGGUGAACCUUGUUCUGCUUCAAUCUUUGAUUUCUCUCUCUACUUCUUCCACAAUGCCAAGGAACUCGUCAAGCGUGGUAAGGGUCCUUACUUCUACUUGCCCAAGAUGGAGUCUCACUUGGAAGCUAGACUCUGGAACGACAUCUUUAAUGCCGCUCAAGAUAUGAUCAACAUUCCUCGUGGUACUAUCCGUGGUACUGUCUUGAUUGAAACCCUUCUUGCUGCUUACGAGAUGGACGAAAUCAUCUACGAACUUCGUGAUCACUCUUCUGGUUUGAACUGUGGUCGUUGGGAUUACAUCUUCUCCUUCAUCAAGAAGCUCCGUAACCACCCUGAAUUCGUCUUGCCUCAACGUUCUUCUGUCACCAUGACUGUUCCUUUCAUGGAUGCCUAUGUUCGUUUGUUGAUUCAAACUUGUCACAAGCGUGGUGUUCAUGCUAUGGGUGGUAUGGCCGCUCAAAUUCCUAUCAAGAACAACGCUGAAGCCAACACUGCUGCUAUGACCAAGGUUCGCAACGAUAAGCUCCGUGAAGUCACUGCUGGUCAUGACGGUACCUGGGUUGCUCAUCCUGACCUUGUCAAGAUUGCUCUUGAAAUCUUCAACGAACACAUGCCUACUCCUAACCAACUUCACAUUCGUCGUGAUGAUGUCAAGGUCUCUGCUACUGAUUUGAUAGACAUCAACUUUAAGGGUACCAUCACCGAAGAUUCCAUCCGUGAAAACAUUCAAAUCGGUUUAGCUUAUAUGGAAGCCUGGUUAAGAGGUGUUGGUUGUGUGCCAAUUCACAACUUGAUGGAAGAUGCUGCUACCUAUGAAAUCAGUCGCUCUCAAUUAUGGCAAUGGGCUCGCCAUCAACCUACCACCGUCGAGGGCAAGAAGGUUACUGGUGAACUCAACUUGAAGUUGCUCGAUGAAGAGAUUGAGAAGAUUAAGAAGCAACUUGGUUCCAAGUACGCAAACACAAAAUACGAAGCUGCCAAGGCCGCCUUUGCCUCUAACCUCACUGGUGAGAGAUACGAUGACUUUGUCACCACCAUGUUGUAUGAUUCUAUUGUCACUGUCAGCCCUCAAGCCAAGUUAUAA